AUGGAGGAACUGGGUGUGAGUGACAAGUGGAUGAUCUGGGGUGGCAGCCUAGUUGAAUCUUUUCGCCACCACGAUAACAUACCCUGGGACAAGCACGUUGAGGUUCUCGAUGAUUUCAGUGUGACAGAGGCGUUGUGGAAGAAAAUGUCUGAGCUGGCACCUAAAAUUAUAAUUCGACAAGGUUUUCUCUGGGACAAGAUCUACGCGAAGUUAAGUGAACCGAGUAAUACUUCCCUUGAUGUCGAGGGGAGCCGCAACCUGUAA